UAUGUGGGUCCUAGGUGUGCCCACUCUUGGGGUGGGGGGACUAAGGAGCAGGAAGCCCGGAGGGCUGAGUUUAGUCACUGUGCUGGGUGGGGAAGGUCAGACCAGAGCAACUGGGGGAGCAACUCACUUCCCUCCAUGCUCCUCCUACUCCUGGUCCCCUGACCAGGCCUGAAGAGCCAGGUGCACAUGCGGCCCAGUUCCUGUCGGCUGCGAGAGGAGGAGCAGUGGCUGAGCCGGCCUGCUGGAUGCCUAACGGCCUAUCUUGGUUUGGGGAGCUGGAGGAGGAUGGAGUGUGGGGCUGUCUCCCUGCUCUGACUAACCACCCUCCACCAUGCAGUGGCGAAGUCACUUGCCCUGGGCCUCUUGGGGCAGAAAAUUGAGGGGCCCAUUUUGGCCACCAGGUAACCAUGGCCAAUUUCUCUUCCACUGGAAUCAGCCCCUUGAAGCCCGUAGUUCUGAAUUCCCCUUCAGGGCUUUCAUCCGAUAUCAAGGAAAUUCUGUGGGUGGCCCAGCUGCUCCAGGGAGGCCUGGGCAACUGUUCCGCAGCAUCCCAGUUAUGGAAUCGGUCCAUCGGUACCGCCGAAGCCUGGGUGAAUGGUUCAUUCGGUUGCCACGGGAAGAACGCCAGUUUGGGCCAACAUUUUCCCUAGACACAGGCCAUGUGGACCCCGUGAUCCUAGAAAGCACCCCCGACGAGCUGUUGCGCCCACCUGCUGAGCCUGCCCUGGCACACCCCCACCCUCCUGUGGAACGUCAUCCGCUGGCUCUGUCGCAGCUCUUUGAUCCUGAUGCAUGUGGGCGCCGAGUGCAGACAGUGGUGCUGUAUGGAACGGUGGGCACGGGCAAGAGCACCCUAGUUAGAAAGAUGGUACUGGACUGGUGUCAUGGGAGGCUGCCCAGCUUUGAGCUGGUCAUUCCUUUCUCCUGUGAGGAUCUGUCUGCUCCAGGUCCCACGCCCAUCUCCCUGUACCAGAUGGUGACCCGACGGUACCCCCACCUGAAAGAGGUCCUGCCCCUGUUGGACCAGGCUGGACCCCGGCUGCUGUUUGUGCUCCAUGGCAUGGAGCGGCUUAACCUGGACUUCCGGAUGGAGAGCACGGGGCUGCAUGGUGAUCCCCAAGUGUCUGCAGUGCCGACCACCAUCAUUGUUAAUCUGCUGCGCAAGUUCCUGUUGCCCGAGGCCAGCAUCCUGGUGACCACGCGGGCCUCGGCCGUGGGCCGCAUCCCCAGCAAGUACGUGGGUCGCUAUGGGGAGAUAUGCGGCUUCUCCGACACCAACCUGCAGAAGCUGUACUUCCAGCUGCGCCUCAACCAGCCGGCCUGUGGGCCCGGUGCGAGUGCGGCGGGCGCCGUCGUCACACCGGCACAGAGGGACAACCUGAUGGAAAUGCUCUCCCGCAAUCUGGAGGGCCACCACCAGAUCGCCGCUGCCUGCUUCCUGCCCUCCUACUGCUGGCUGGUGUGCGCCACCCUGUCCUUCCUCCACAUGCCCACGCCGGUGGGGCAGACCCUGACGGGCAUCUACACUAGCUUCCUGAGGCUCAACUUCAGCGGCGAGAUCCUGGACAGCACCGACCCCUCGCGCACGUCGCUCAUGGCCUAUGCUGCCCGCACCAUGGGCAAGCUGGCCUACGAGGGCGUGGCUUCUCGGAAAACCUACUUCUCCGAGAAGGAUGUCCGUGCGUGCCUCGAGUCUGGGGUGAGCACGGAAGAGGAGUUUCGCUUACUGCACGUCUUCCGCCGGGACGCCCUGAGGUUUUUCUUGGCGCCUUGUGUGGAGUCGGGAAAGCAGGGAACUUUUGUGUUCACGGUGCCCGCCAUGCAAGAGUACCUGGCGGCUCUCUACAUUGUGCUGGGCGAACGCAAAACAGCCUGGCAACGAGUGGUCAAGGAGGCGGUCGAAGUGGUGGGCCGAGUGGGCGAAGAUGUCAGCCUGGUGCUGAGUGUGCUAGCCAAGCUGCUGCCCCUCCGCAUGCUGCCCCUCCUGUUCAACUUGCUCAAGGUUGUGCCUCGGGUGUUUGGACGGUGGGCAGGCAAAAGUCGAGAAGCAGUCGCCCAGGCCAUGGUCCUAGAGAUGUUUCGGGAGGAGGACUACUACAACGAUGAUGUGCUGGACCAGUUGGGGGCCAGUAUCCUGGGGGUGGAGGGUCCACGGCGCCAUCCCGACGAGCCACCCGAUGAUGAAGUUUUUGAGCUCUUCCCCAUGUUCAUGGGUGGAUUGCUCUCCUCUCGGAAUCGUGUAGUGUUGGCCCAGCUGGGCUGCCCUAUCAAGAACAUGGAUGCCCUGGAAAAUGCCCAGGCCAUUAAGAAGAAGUUGGUGAAAUUGGGGCGCCAAGGUCUGCCUCCUUCAGAGCUUCUGGAUCACCUUUUCUUUCACUAUGAGUUUCAGAACCAGCACUUCUCGGCUGAGGUGCUCAGCUCCCUGCACCAGCUCAACCUGGCGGGUGUGCGAAUGACACCCCUGAAGUGUUCUGUGGUGGCUUCGGUGCUGGGCAGUGGGACCCAUGCCCUGGAUGAGGUCAACCUGGCUUCUUGCCAGCUGGACCCUGCCGGACUACGUACACUCAUGCCCGUCUUCUUGCGGGCCCGGAAGCUUGGGCUGCAGUUGAACAGUCUGGGCCCUGAAGCCUGUAAGGACAUCCGAGACCUCCUUCUGCAUGACCAAUGCCAAGUCACCACCCUUCGUCUUUCCAACAACCCCCUCACAGCAGCAGGCCUGGCUUUGCUGGUAGAAGGGCUGAGUGGGAACACUUCCCUGACCCACCUGUCUCUGCUGCACACUGGACUUGCCGAUGAAGGCCUGGAGCUGCUGGCUACCCACCUGGAGCAGAACCAACAGCUUCGGGAGCUGAACGUGGCCUACAACGGAGCGGGUGACGCAGCAGCUCUUUCCCUGGCCAGGGCUGCCAGGGAGCACCCCUCUCUGGAGUUGUUACACCUCUACUUCAACGAGCUGAGCCCGGAAGGCCGGAGGAGGCUGCGGGAGCUGGAAGGGGCUGCCCCUGGAGGGGCCCACGUGGUAGCUUCGUUGACUGAGGGCGCAGGCGUGUCGGAGCACUGGUCCGUGAUCCUGGGCGAAAUCCAGCGCAACCUGCACAGCUGGGAGCGAGGCCGGGUCCAGCGCCACCUUGCCAUGCUCUUGCGAGACCUGGAAGAUAGUCAGGGUGCUACCCUGAAUCCCUGGCGCAAAGCCCAGCUGCUGCGGGUGGAGGGGAAGGUCAGAUCUCUGCUGGAGCAUUUAGGCGGCCCAGGGAGCUGAAGCACGCCUGCGGCACAGAGCUGUCCUAGGCACGGACCCCCGGCCCCUCGCCCCUGGUCAGUUCUGCAUGGCCUGGUCCAAGGGCCGCUUCAGAACUGGGGCUGCUCACAGCCUCGAGCAGCUCCCUGAGCCCUGGGGAAUCCGGAUCACAGCCGGAAACAUUGGCUGUGCUGCCAUGGUGGGACUAGUCUGCUUUCACUCUGUUGGGGGAGGUAUUUCGGCAGUGGAGUGAGGGGAACUCUUCCUCAGCACUUUAAGGGGCCAGAUGACUUCCUUCCACUAUCCCUGAGAAUUAGGGCAGGGGAGUUGACCAUCAUCUCAGCCACCUCUACUUGCAGUGGCCCACACUUGCCCCUUGUUCCCGGAGAGAUCCCUUAAAUUCAUUGGGAAGACAAUGACCAUCCACCUGGCCACAUUGUCCCCUCCUCCUGCUCCCUGUGCCAAGCCUAGCUCUCUUUAUGGAUGCAAAGGGUUCCACAGCUGCUGUCUUCUUCCACGGUGCCUUCUUCUUUGUUUUACCCAGACUCACACGAGGCACAAAGCUCCCAGAAGUAGAUGCCCUGAUUUGCUGCCAUGAAAAAAAAUGUGUCUUUCACCUGAUGCUGUGUCUCUUCUUCCUUGGCAAAAAUAAAAAUAAAAACGGUUACUAGCUAAAUCCAGAAUUCUCUCA